CAACUGCUUCAGGGAAACAAAUGGAAAUCAUGGCGCCCUGGCGUCUUCGGCAGUUUUGUUUUCCAGUACUGGAGUGUGCAGAAAUGUGUUAGCCGGUUGGCUUUUACAGCAAAUUAUCUUCCGAUUUUAUGAUAUUUUCCACAGUUUUCAUUUAAACUACUUGACUUGUCUCCACUCUGUCCGUCAGAAUGAGUGAUCCGGCUGUAAAGAGGGUGGUGAGUGAUAUCAUUCGCUCUCCAGAAGACAAACGGGAGUAUCGAGGACUUGAGUUUACAAAUGGGCUGAAAGCCAUUCUCAUUAGUGACCCCACCACUGACAAAUCAUCAGCUGCGCUGGAUGUCCACAUAGGUUCUUUGUCAGAUCCCGAGAACAUUUCAGGAUUGGCCCACUUCUGUGAGCACAUGCUGUUUCUAGGCACUGAAAAGUACCCCAAAGAGAACGAGUACAGUCAGUUUUUGAGUGAGCAUGCCGGCAGCUCUAAUGCCUUCACCAGUGGAGAGCACACCAAUUACUAUUUUGAUGUAUCCCAUGAGCAUCUGCAAGGGGCUUUGGACAGAUUUGCCCAGUUCUUCCUCUGUCCGCUGUUUGAUGAGAGCUGUAAGGACCGAGAGGUGAAUGCAGUUGAUUCAGAACACGAGAAGAACCUCAUGAAUGACGCAUGGCGGCUUUUUCAGUUGGAGAAAGCCACUGGGAACCCCAAACAUCCUUUUAGCAAGUUUGGCACUGGCAAUAAGUUAACCCUUGAGACUAGGCCAUCUAAACAAGGCAUUGAUAUCCGUGAGGAGCUGCUCAAGUUUCACUCCACCUACUAUUCCUCCAACUUGAUGGGAUUGUGUGUGCUGGGCAGAGAGUCGCUGGAUGAUUUGACAUCUAUGGUGGUGAAACUUUUUGGAGAGGUUGAGAACAAGAAUGUCCCUCUUCCAGAAUUCCCAUCACACCCUUUCCAGGAGGAACACCUGAGGCAAUUUUAUAAAGUCGUGCCUAUCAAGGACAUAAGAAACUUGUAUGUGACCUUCCCUAUCCCAGACCUGCAGAAGUACUACAAAUCAAAUCCAGGUCAUUAUCUGGGCCAUCUGAUCGGACAUGAGGGUCCAGGGAGUCUUUUGUCUGAGCUCAAAGCUAAAGGAUGGGUGAACACGCUAGUCGGAGGCCAGAAAGAAGGAGCCAGGGGAUUCAUGUUCUUCAUUAUUAAUGUGGACUUGACAGAAGAGGGGCUGUUGCAUGUCGAGGAUAUCAUCUUCCACAUGUUCCAGUAUAUUCAGAAGCUGCGGACAGAAGGCCCUCAAGAGUGGGUCUUUCAGGAGUGUAAGGAUUUGAACACCGUGGCUUUCAGAUUUAAGGAUAAGGAACGUCCUCGUGGCUACACGUCUAAAGUGGCUGGACUACUGCAUUACUAUCCGUUGGAGGAAAUCUUGGCUGCAGAAUACUUGCUGGAGGAGUUCAGACCAGACCUGAUCGAGAUGGUGCUUGAUAAACUGAGACCAGAGAAUUUCAGGGUCGCUGUCGUCUCCAAAUCAUUUGAAGGACAGACGGACCGAACUGAGGAGUGGUACGGCACGCAGUAUAAACAGGAAGCCAUUACUGAUGAGGCUAUUAAGAAAUGGCAAAAUGCUAACCUCAAUGGAAAGUUCAAACUGCCAAUGAAGAAUGAAUUCAUUCCAACAAACUUUGAAAUUUAUCCUCUAGAGAAGGAUCCCCCAUCUAUCCCCACUUUGAUAAAGGAUACAGCAAUGAGCAAAGUUUGGUUCAAACAGGAUGACAAGUUUUUCCUACCCAAGGCUUGUUUAAACUUUGAGUUUUUCAGCCCAUUUGCAUACGUGGACCCAUUGCAUUGUAACAUGGCAUAUUUGUACCUCGAGUUACUCAAGGACUCCCUGAAUGAGUAUGCAUAUGCAGCCGAGCUAGCCGGCCUGGGCUAUGACCUUCAGAAUACUGUCUAUGGGAUGUAUCUGUCAGUCAAGGGUUAUAAUGACAAACAACACAUCUUGCUGAAGAAGAUCAUUGAGAAAAUGGCCUCGUUUCAGAUCGAUGAGAAGCGCUUUGAUAUCAUUAAGGAAGCGUACAUGAGGUCUCUGAAUAACUUCCGUGCUGAACAGCCUCACCAGCAUGCCAUGUAUUACCUGCGGCUGCUCAUGACUGAGGUGGCCUGGACCAAAGACGAGCUCAGAGAUGCUCUGGAAGAUGUGACUCUACCUCGACUGAAGGCGUUCAUACCGCAGCUGUUGUCACGGUUACACAUUGAAGCCCUGCUGCAUGGAAACAUCACCAAACAGUCUGCUCUGGGCAUGAUGCAAAUGUUGGAGGACACUCUCAUUGAGCAUGCUCACACUAAACCCCUACUACCGAGUCAGUUAAUUCGCUACAGGGAAGUGCAGGUCCCUGACGGUGGUUGGUAUGUUUACCAGCAGAGGAAUGAGGUUCAUAAUAAUUGUGGAAUCGAGAUUUACUAUCAGACUGACAUGCAGAACACCCAUGAGAACAUGCUGCUGGAGCUCUUCUGUCAAAUCAUCUCUGAGCCAUGCUUCAACACACUACGCACCAAAGAACAGCUGGGUUACAUAGUGUUCAGCGGCCCCCGCAGAGCUAAUGGAGUGCAGGGUCUGCGUUUCAUCAUCCAGUCUGAAAAGGCUCCACACUACCUGGAGUCUCGAGUGGAGGCUUUCCUCAAGAACAUGGAGAAGAGUGUGGAGGAGAUGGGGGAGGAAGCGUUUCAGAAGCACAUCCAGGCACUGGCUAUUCGCCGUCUCGACAAACCCAAGAAGCUGGCGGCUGAAUGUGCCAAAUACUGGGGAGAAAUCAUCUCCCAACAGUACAACUUCGACAGGGAUAAUAUCGAAGUGGCUUACCUGAAGACACUGACAAAGGAACAUAUUAUGCAGUUUUACAGGGACUUGUUGGCCAUUGAUGCUCCCAGAAGACACAAAGUAUCUGUGCAUGUGUUGUCUAGAGAGAUGGACUCCUGUCCAGUGGUUGGAGAGUUUCCUGCUCAAAAUGAUGUCAAUCUGGCUCCUGCCCCUUCACUUCCUCAGGUAUCGCAUAAAUGUCCGUCACUGGUUCAGGAUAUGACUGAAUUCAAAAGGAGUCUGCCGCUGUUCCCUCUCACCAAACCUCACAUCAAUUUCAUGGCUGCCAAACUGUGACCAGCAUCAUGGAAUUGUCAGAGAUGCCCAAGUACGGAGCCAGUUAUAUCGUUGUCUUUGCGUGAGUGUGUGUGUGUCUGUGUGUAAGCAGACAGGGCCAUGACCGUGCUGCUUGCAGCAUUUUUAGUUGUGCUCUACGUGAGACAUGCACACCUGAUAUCUCAUAGAUACAAAAAAAAAAAACCAUACAAUGUUUGUUUCACGUUGCUUCUGUCAGAAAAUUUGUAUUCCUUUUAUAACAUAGGAAUCACUCGCUGGACACGAUCAAACAUCUUCAUUGUUCGGUUUCAUUUCAUUUACACCACUGUUAAACAAGAAAGCUGUUGUGUCAUUUAUCAAGUCAAGUCUCCUGAAAUGAAAUGCUGGCCUUAAGAUGAUUUUAAUCGGUGAUCAGGUUUUCUGGCACCUUUUUGAAAGUUUAAUUUAAUCGAUUGCUUUGAGUUGUUUUUAGUUUCUGUGCAUGUUAGCAGAGUUUUAUCUUUAAGGAUAGUUUUGCAAAUCCAAGGUGGUUUACUUGAUGGACUUUGAUUUUAUAUGCGGUUGAAGAAAUCUCAUAAACCAUUUUUAAUAUCAUUUUCAAUUGUUUAAGUUACUUUGUCGUGAAGCAGUUCAGAUUAUACAUGAAACCAUGUUCAUCUGACCUAAACUCAAGAUUCCUCUCAUGAAAUAGUUUGUUCUAACUCACCCCUAUAAUGAUAUCCACAUGACAACACUUUCAGGAAGUUAUGAGAAACCGACUCUGAAAUCCGCUUUAACUGGGUUUGUUUUAACAUCUGAUGUCUUGACUUGUGAUUAUGCACUCCUCACAAGCAAUAAUGUGACUUACAGGACCUAUGACUAGUGUCUUAAACUCUAUACAUGGGGUUUUUCUUCACACACUUUCAGCUUGGUUCCUAGAAACAGAUUAAACAAGAUCUAGAUUUGGUCUGUGCUCAGAAAACCCUACUGAGACAUGUUUGAAGGCUGUAAUUUACCUGCGCUGACACAAGAACAUCAUGUCGGUCUGUAAUUCAUUCCUUUUCCUCAUCUCAGGUGUGUUCGUCUUGUCUUGAGUCAAGUCUUCAACAUCAUUUGUGUUUUUAGUGCUAAAAAGUAUUCUGGACUUACUCAGGCAUAUCAAAUCAACUCUAUGCUGCAUUUUUUUAGAAACUCUAUGACCAUCCUAUCACCUCCAUCAAAGUUACGAACACUGCUUCAUGCUCGGCAAAACAAACUGUACAAUUUGAUAUCAGCCGCUUAGAUUAAUUUGGUAGUACCACUAAAAGAUGAAUAUACUCAGGCAUCUCACUGCAUUGGUUUUGGUGCUUUGUGUUUUUGAAUUUAAAGGAUUAGUUAAGAAUAGUUCAUCCAGAAAUUUUAAUGUAAUCAUUUUAUUGGUUCUCAUGGCCUUCCAAUCCUGUAUUACAUUUCCUUAAUGGAAAAAGAAGUUUGGUGAGUUCUUUUCCAUGCACUUAAAGUGAAGCUUUAAAAAUGGCAUUAAAAGAACCAAUAAAGUAGUUCUUUUGAGUUGUACUUCAAAUCUUUUGAAGGGAAUUAAUUGCUUCGUUGUUAAACUCGUUAAAUUAAAAAAUAUAUACAGUAUAUAUUAGGGGAAACUUUGGGGGGGAUUUAAGUCUACUAAAGUUUACUGAAAUUGGUUAAAAAGAUAAAUUUAAAUAUUGUGAUAAAUGGCAAAAAGCAAACCAAAUUUUGUACAACUUUUAAAAUUGAAACAAAGUAUUACAUAAUAGUAUGCUCAUAUUACUGAAAGAACUCUGCUUUGUGAGUUUAACCUGUAAAAUGUCACCCCGUCCCGUAUACGGGACGCCUAUGUUGACUAUACUAUAUUACAAUCAAUUUUAAUCUAAUCUUGACAAACUAUAUAUCAUUGGAAAGGUCUAAGACUCCCAAAUAUAUAUUAUACCAAUAUUUUUUGUUAAAAAUUAUGUAGGAAAAGUAAUAGAUUAAUUUAUGAAAAGAGUGCACCCUCAGAAAUCUACAUUACAAAAGGAGCUUUGAUCUUAGUUUAAAAAAAAGACUUCCUCGUUGCCUUUUUCUCAAAAUCACAUUUUAGAAAUCAUCAGAAGUUAUAUAUCACUUGAAAACAUAAAAUCUCAAAAUUCAUCCUUCAAAACCCAUUUUAAAAUCAGACAUUGCAUUACCAUGUAAAAGGCACAUCAAAAUCAUGUUACAAAAUGUUUUCAGUCAUGAAUUAUAAAAAUUUAGGUUUGUAUCAUGCACAUUCAAGUCUAUCUUCAAAAACGUGAGUGACAGUUAUCAGGUUAAUGUGAUAAUUUUACUCCAAAAAGAAAAUGGUCAUUUACUCGCCCUCAUUUGUGAUUUGUUUUUAUUUUUGUAUGAACUAUCAUUUAUUUGGUUCUUGGUCACUGAAUGAUUUCGAUGGAAAAAUCAGCAUGGACCUUUUGGAUAUUUUUGUUCCAUAAAAUAAAGAAAAUACAGGUUUGGAAUGACUUGAGGCUGAGUAUUUAAUUUUGUGAGGUGGGGGGGAGGUGAACUUCUAGAUUGCUUUAAAAUCCAAAGAUGCAUUUCGCAUGCAAUCGGCGCAUUUGUUGCACCCCACAUCCCUUUAACUAUUUUAAAAUCAGCUCCGAGUUCUGUAGGUCACUGACUGCAACAGAUUCUUGUGGUUCUCACCAUCUCCUGUAACCUGAGGUCACGUGUGUUUUACUGUGCUGAACCGUAGGCAGAAUAUUAGAGUAAAGAAAUCUAGAAGAGCGGGAUUUAAUGAGUUGCCCUGCAUGAGUCUAAGAUGAUGUGACAUUCUGGGAUGACCUUGUAUGCACCAAACUGCAGUCACUAGGUGGAAAUAAUUGGUUUGAAAUCUCUCGUGUUUAUUAGGUGAUUUAGAAGUGUACCUGACUGUGGAGGAGUUUCUGCUUUAUGAUAAUUAAACAAUUGUAUGAACUCA